AUGAUCUCCAGAACAGGGCUCGGCGUGGCCAUCGCAACUGCUUUCGCUGCACUACCGAGCAAGGCAUGGAAAGUUGACCUGCCUCAUGCCACACGCUCCGUUGACUUGCCCGGGGACGGAUGGACGCCCAGACCGACAGCUCCUCCAGGUGGCUUGCGGCCGUUGAUCAAGCGUCAGAUCAACUCUGCCGACGAUGAAGAUGGCACCACUGUGCUCCUUGCCCCGGACAACACUUGCGGCUUCAUCUCGGCCCUCCCAGGCGCCCUCUACGCCUGCUCUCCCACCUAUAGCUGCGUCUUCUUCACCGCAGCGACCUUUACCGGCAACGUCGCUUGCUGUGACGACUUCCAAUGCGGUGCUCGCCUCACCUGUAUCGACUACGACUCAUACUACUCAUCCAGCGCUUGCGACGAUGGCUGCCGUGUGGAUGCGUUCACUGUCAAGUGUGUCGACAUCAGCACUGCGCAGUCGGCCUCCACUGCGUACUCAGGGCAAACAGGACGCCAGUUCUCGCCUUUACCGUUGGAUGAUCCAGAGUCCUCGCUCACACUGGAAACAGAGUCGGAUAUCCCUGGCGCACCUGCCCCUGCGGGUCCUAGUUCGACGGUUGGCGGCGGCAAGGACAACAGCAAGGACAACAACGACGACGACGACGACAACGACGACAACGACGACAACAACAAUGAUGAUAACAACGACGACGACGACAAUGGCACGCCUGUUGGUCCCAUUGUAGGAGGUGUCGUUGGUGGUCUAGGUGCCAUUGCUCUCGGCGGUCUGGGGCUGUGGCUAUUCUUCCGCAACAAAAAGAAGAAGCAAGCCGCCGCCGCCGCCAACGCGUCUGCCGUCACAUCUCCCACCAUGGCCAACGCUCCGCCACCGCAUCAGGGUCCCUCGCCUGGGAAGCCUCUGCAACCUUACCAGCAACCGACCUACUUCGAUGCCGGUGGGGGCGGCGCAAUGGGCGCAUCGUAUAGCUACGCACCCCAUCAGCAACAGCAGCCUCAUCACCAGCACCCGGGUGGCUUUCAUCCCAUGGGCAACACUCCUCCACCAAACAGCGCCAGCCCCACAAUGUCCUACCAUGACGGGUCCAGUCCUUCGGCUGUAUAUCCUUCCGGGUUCACCAUUUCGCCCCAGGCCACCGACAACCGCAGCUCGAUGGCAAACCCUGGGGUGGUCCAUGAGGCGCCAUCGAGGCCCGAAGACACGCAGAGGGGAGGAGUGCAUGAGAUGGCUUGA